GGAACUUACUAAAGCAGAUCUGUCAAUGGCUUCACAGACCAUAAACUUCACCACCUGGAAUGUUAAUGGACUUAAAAGACAAAGAGAUCAGAAAUUUCAAAAAUUACAAAAUGCUGACGUUGUUUUCUUACAAGAGACACACAUUGGAGUGGGAGAUGAACAUAUUAUAGAAGGUCUAAAAAACAAGUGGCAUAUUUUCUACACAACGUAUAUGUCCCGAAAGGGAUCAGCCAUACUAGUGAAGAAAACACUGGAUUUUGAAUACAUAAGUGAUGAAAAAGAUGACUGUGGAGCUUAUGUUGUGCUGAAAUGUAAAGUGAAAAGUCAGCUGUACACACUGGUUAGUGUUUAUAACCAUGGCACAGACAAAAAAACCCUUGAUAAACUUUCAAGCUACCUGCAGUCAAUGACCACAGGACUGCUGGUGAUCGGUGGAGAUUUCAACACAGUUCUGAAUCCAUUUAUUGACAAAGACAAUUCAAAAAGGGUGACAGAUACCUCAAUCCACAGAAAGCUGCGCUUUUGUGUGAAAAAGUUCCUGAAAUCUCUUCAGCUGGUUGAUGUCUGGAGAAGAAAGAAUCCUGUAAAUCAAAAUUAUACAUUCAAUAGUCAAGUUGCUUCCAGGCUAGAUUAUUUCUUCUUUCCAGAAGAAUGCAUGUGGCGUGUCAGAAGUUGUCAAAUCAGAGACUCAGGGAUGUGCGAUCAUCGUCCUGUGUACUUGGAAAUUGGAAAUGUACUUUUUCAGAAAGAUCUCCACGUACAAUUAUUCUCCCAACUAUUUAAUCAUAAAAAGCAUAUUUUGACAUAUGAGACAGGUUCAUCACUGGGUAAAGAAAGCCCACAUGCACUCAGUGAAGUUGAUAUUGUUUCAGCUGUAAAUUCUCUUCAAGUGUCAGACACACCGAGACCAGACGGCAUCCCAGUUUCCUUCUACAAAGACAACAUUCAGGUUAUAAUUCCAUACAUAAAGAUGAUCUAUGACAGAAUCCACAGCGGUGCAUUUAACUGCUCUGAGAAACACUUUAAUGAAACUGUGAAAAGUCCCCAUGACAAUAGUCAACACUUCUUUAACGUUGAUUACCUUGUCAUUGCAACUAUUCUGGCCAGACGUCUAGAUGAUUACUUGGAGUCUCAGUCAAAGGGUCGGGUACCAAAAGAUUUAGCUACUGUCAUGAUCACUCCCAAAACAUUCUGCACUGAGAUGAGGUUGUCUCAUAUUCAGGACGAAAUAGAAAAGCAAAAACGGUCAAACCCAACUCUGUAUCAGGAUUUUCUCAUUGUGAAAAACCUCCUCAGAGAUGCACCAGAAGCAGAUACUGAAUCUGUAGAUGAUUCAAGCGAGAGAGACAAACUGCUGGAUCAGGGCUGUCCUUUGACCCCAGUUCUCAUUAUGCUGGCUUUGAAAUUAUUUGGCUCUGCAUUAGCUGGGCAUUUAAAACAGCAGGAUAUUCUAGUUUUCAAAGAAAGCGUGAUACUUUGCAUCCAACCUGAGGACCUUGAGAAAGUAUUAGCUGCUGUGAUGGAAAGAGCUAAUGAAGUGUUUUAUGUUAAGGAAUUAUACAGAGGAAAUUUUAAUGGUGAACAAUUAAAGUGUAUAGGAAAUGAGUUUAAGGAUAAAGAUUGUGCUGAAAUGGAUGCAGAAACAUUUGUAAACACAGAGGAAGAAUCAAAAGCCAGUUGGACUAGUAGAGAGGAUGAAGAGGAUGAUUUUGUAAUACAUAAGGAAGAAAACAUUUCAGUGGAGGGUGAUGGAAGGCACACCAUGUAUGCAGUUGUUACUCUGCAAGACUCAGAUGAGGUGGUGGUGGCACCAACAAACUGGCUGAGUCUAGACAAGAAACAAUGUUACUGGCCCCCAUUCAAAUCACCAGACAAGUGCAUGGAAGCUGUUCAGAACAGAAUUAAAACUGAAACAGGAGGGAAACCAUGGGAGAAACUGAACAUUAGCUUUCACAGAGAACAUGACACUUUUGAGAAGGCAAAAGAGGGGCAAAAAGAAACCAAAGAGCAGAAAGAACGGUCAUAUCUAUUAGCCACUGGAUUCCCUGGAAUACUAAAAAGACAAAGACUUGAAAGCACUCAAGGAAUGUCAAAUAAUUAUCUACAACCACUUCCUGCAGUAACACCUGCAUCGACAUCCAGAAUGACAGCUGAUGAGAAGGAUGAGCUCCUCCAAAUGCUGAGAGACAUCAAGAGCACGGUUCAGGAAAACCGUGCUAUGUUAAAGAAACUAUUAAAAGACAAUACAGUUUCUGAAGCCCCCAGCAGUACAAGCGUGCCUUCAAAAGCUAUUAAAGCAAACCUAAAACUGCCUCUUGGAACCUUUGAAGAUUUGGCCAUGAGGGAAAGAGAGCUCAGCACCGCAACAACACGGAAAAAAUAUGUAAAAUUUUUGUCAGGACUUGGAGGUUUUGGCCCCAAGGAUGUGAUUAAGAAUAUUAUGCAGCAAGUUAUAACAGAUGAUCUGGCUAAGGAGUUCAACUGGCAGGGGAGAGGAGAAAAAAGACCCUUCUCUCAUCUUAUUUUAACAGAUGUGAUCCGAGAUGCUGCAUUCAAACGAAGUGUAAACAGGGCUGAGUGUGAAAAUGAAAUUAAAAAAUAUUUGAGUUACACAGCUGACAGACUCGGUCGGAAGCGACUAAGAGAACAAGGAGGUCCUGGGCUUGAGAAUCCAAAUGAGAUUUCCCCCUCACUGAUGCCAGAGACAGAAAUACCUUGGGACAUUUUGGGAUUUUGAUCAUCAAUCAAAGGUCAUGAAGACCUACUUGUAUAUUAAACACAUAAAUAUACAAUUUAUUUCACUUUGACAUGAUUAAAUUAAUUGUCAUAUGCCAGCAGUGGGAUUAGCAUGCUUGUCUGAUCCAAUAUCUAAAAGAUUAAUAAAAAAAAUAAAUAAAUAAAUAAAUAAAA